CGUACAAGCUGUUGCCAUGACAGCUAUCCAUUAACAACGCCAAAGCACGUUCUGCCAUCCUGGCAGCAACUUCUCAGAUGGAACCUUGCGAUUUGAGCGAUCCAGCUCUUCUGGACGUCGCAGCCUGCAUAUCCCUUGCAGUUGAACAAAGAGUCCGCUACCUUUUAGAAAGACUCUCAGUCAUUGCCGAACACAGGACGGACAGUGUCAAGAAUGACAGUCGUUACAAGGUGAGCAACGAUGUUCGGAGACAGCUCAAAUUUCUGGAAGACGUUGAUGUGGAGGAGAGAGAAACGCAUGAAGAGUCUGAGCGUGAAGUACUGUUUAGAGCUGCUAGGAAUCGUUCGAGGUUUGAGGAUGGAGAGCAAGCUAGGUUGAAGGCUAGAGUUAGGGAAAUGCAGCGACUGAAGAUUGAAGAGCUAAGACAACGUGAGGCGAAUGCAACAGCUCUCCAGGCUAUUGGACCUAGAAAAAGACCCAAGAGACUUGAAGGACAUCAUGAUACCACCAUGCAAUUUGGAGAAGGACCAUCUAACAUUCAACGUCUCCCACUGCCACCCAGACAAAGAGUGAAGAAAGUGACAAUGAGAGAUGUGCAGCUAUUGUUCGAAACUGAGAAGGAUAUGAGGAGAAGUACAUUGUUAUAUAAGCUUUAUCUCAAAUGAGUUAUCAUUUAUUAAUAAAACAGAAUCGUUUAUGAACA